AUGGGGUCCAAGGCCCUUCUCGUUGCAGCUCUCCUCUCGGUCAAGUAAGUUUUACUUCGGCAGUUACAUGGUCUAGCUAAUAUAUCUCCGAGCUGCCUCGUAGACGCUGCACCAGUUGAUCAGCUUCUUCCUACAUCUUUAUCACCACCCGUCCCAACCUUCCCUCCUCGACCAAGUGGAACCCACACUCGACCAACCGGUCCAUUCAGUAUCCCGAAGCCGCCUACGUUGAGCAUUCUAAAACCAACUGGCAGCUUCAGUUUCACUCGUCCGACGGGGAUACCGACGUUUUCCGCUCCAAGACCAACCUCGUUCUCUAUCCCUCAUCCCACGGGUUCCUUCUCCUUCACCCGCCCAACAGGGAUUCCGACGUUCUCCUGGCCACCGUUUCCAACUCAGUCUGGUGAGCCUGAAGAGCCUGAAGAGCCAGAGGAGCAGGAGGACGAAAUAGUUGGGCGUCAGCUUCCAACGGGCACAUUCACAGGAUUUCCAUCUUCCCCAACUGGUGGCUUUCCUAGUGGCUUGCCGAGUUUUACUGGUACCUUCCCACCGCUUCCUACGGGCACCUUCACUGGAUUUCCAAGUGGCUUCCCAAGCUUUACCGGCACCUUCCCAAGCUUCACAGGUACAUUUCCACCCUUUCCCAUGGGCACUUUCACCGGAUUCCCCAGCGGAUUCCCAAGUUUCACAGGUUCCCUUCCGAGCUUUACAGGGACCUUCCCAUUCCCUCCUAGACCUACGGGAUCAUUCAGUGGGUUCCCUAGUUUUAGCAUGAGAACUCGACCUGUGAUGCCUACGUCAGUUGUUGAUGCUGAGUGA